AUGCGAGGAGGAAGGCAAGGAGGAAGGCGAGGAGAAAGGCGAGGAGGAAGGCGAGGAGGAAAGCGAGGAGGAAGGCGAGGAGGAAGGAGAGGAGGAAGGCGAGGAGAAAGGCGAGGAGAAAGGCGAGGAGGAAGGCGAGGGGAAAGCGAGGAGGAAGGCGAGGAGGAAGGCGAGGAGGAAGGGGAGGAGAAAGGCGAGGAGGAAGGCGAGGAGGAACGCGAGGAGGAAGGUGAGGAGGAAGGCGAGGAGGAAGGCGAGGAGAAAGGCGAGGAGGAAGGCGAGGAGGAAGGCGAGGAGGAAGGAGACGAGGAAGGAGAGGAGGAAGAUGAGGAGGAAGGCGAGGAGGAAGGCGAGGAGGAAGGCGAGGAGAAAGGCGAGGAGGAAGGCCAGGAGGAAGGCGAGGAGGAAGGCGAGGAGGAAGGCGAGGAGAAAGGCGAGGAGGAAGACCAGGAGGAAGGCGAGGAGGAAGGCGAGGAGGAAGGCGAGGAGAAAGGCGAGGAGGAAAGCGAGGAGGAAGGCGAGGGGAAAGGCGAGGGGAAAGGCGAGGAGGAAGGCGAGGAGGAAGGCGAGGGGAAAGGCGAGGAGAAAGGCGAGGAGGAAGGCGAGGAGGAAGGCGAGGAGGAAGGCGAGGAGGAAGGCGAGGAGAAAGGCGAGGAGAAAGGCGAGGAGGAAGGCGAGGGGAAAGCGAGGAGGAAGGCGAGGAGGAAGGCGAGGAGAAAGGCGAGGAGAAAGGCGAGGAGGAAGGCGAGGAGGAAGGCGAGGGGAAAGGCGAGGAGGAAGGCGAGGAGGAAGGCGAGGAGGAAGGCGAGGAGGAAGGCGAGGAGGAAGGCGAGGAGGAAGGCGAGGAGGAAGGCGAGGAGGAAGGCGAGGAGAAAGGCGAGAAGGAAGGCGAGGGGAAAGCGAGGAGGAAGGCGAGGAGGAAGGCGAGGAGGAAGGCGAGGAGGAAGGCGAGGAGGAAGGCGAGGAGGAAGGCGAGGAGGAAGGAGGAAGGCGAGGAGGAAGGAGAGGAGGAAGACGAGGAGGAAGGCGAGGAGGAAGGCGAGGAGGAAGGCGAGGAGAAAGGCGAGGAGGAAAGCGAGGAGGAAGGCGAGGGGAAGGCGAGGGGAAAGGCGAGGGGAAAGGCGAGGAGGAAGGCGAGGAGGAAGGCUAGAAGAUAGGCGAGGAGGAAGGCGAGGAGGAAGGCGAGGAGGAAGGCGAGGAGGAAGGCGAGGAGAAAGGCAAGGAGGAAGGCGAGGAGGAAGGCGAGGAGGAAGGCGAGGAGGAAGGCGAGGAGGAAGGCGAGGAGAAAGGCGAGGAGAAAGGCGAGGAGGAAGGCGAGGGGAAAGCGAGGAGGAAGGCGAGGAGGAAGGCGAGGAGAAAGGCGAGGAGAAAGGCGAGGAGAAAGGCGAGGAGGAAGGCGAGGAGGAAGGCGAGGGGAAAGGCGAGGAGGAAGGCGAGGAGGAAGGCGAGGAGGAAGGCGAGGAGGAAGGCGAGGAGGAAGGCGAGGAGGAAGGCGAGGAGGAAGGCGAGGAGGAAGGCGAGGAUGAAGGCAAGGAGGAAGGCGAGGAAGAAGGCGAGGAAGAAGGCGAGGAGGAAGGAGGAAGGCGAGGAGGAAGGCGAGGAGAAAGGCGAGGAGAAAGGCGAGGAGGAAGGCGAGGAGAAAGGCGAGGAGGAAGGCGAGGGGAAAGCGAGGAGGAAGGCGAGGAGGAAGGCGAGGAGAAAGGCGAGGAGAAAGGCGAGGAGGAAGGCGAGGAGGAAGGCGAGGGGAAAGGCGAGGAGGAAGGCGAGGAGGAAGGCGAGGAAAAAGGCGAGGAGGAAGGCCAGGAGGAAGGCGAGGAGGAAGGCGAGGAGGAAGGCGAGGAGGAAGGCGAGGAGAAAGGCGAGGAGGAAGACGAGGAGGAAGGCGAGGAGGAAGGCGAGGAGGAAGGCGAGGAGAAAGGCGAGGAGGAAGGCGAGGAGGAAGGCGAGGAGGAAGGCGAGGAGGAAGGCGAGGAGGAAGGCGAGGAGGAAGGCGAGGGGGAAGGCGAGGAGAAAGGCGAGGAGGAAAGCGAGGAGGAAGGCGAGGGGAAAGGCAAGGAGAAAGGCGAGGAGGAAGGCGAGGGGAAAGGCGAGGAGGAAGGCGAGGAGGAAGGCGAGGGGAAAGGCGAGGAGGAAGGCGAGGAGGAAGGCGAGGAGAAAGGCGAGGAGGAAGUCGAGGAGGAAGGCGAGGAGGAAGGCGAGGAGGAAGGCGAGGAGGAAGGCGAGGAGGAAGGCGAGGGGGAAGGCGAGGAGAAAGGCGAGGAGGAAAGCAAGGAGGAAGGCGAGGGGAAAGGCGAGGAGGAAGGCGAGGAGGAAGGCGAGGAGAAAGGCGAGGAGGAAGUCGAGGAGGAAGGCGAGGAGGAAGGCGAGGAGAAAGGCGAGGAGGAAGGCGAGGAGAAAGGCGAGGAGGAAGACGAGGAGGAAGGCGAGGAGGAAGGCGAGGAGGAAGGCGAGGAGAAAGGCGAACAGGAAAGCGAGGAGGAAGGCGAGGGGAAAGGCGAGGGGAAAGGCGAGGAGGAAGGCGAGGAGGAAGGCAAGGGGAAAGGCGAGGAGGAAGGCGAGGAGGAAGGCGAGGAGGAAGGCGAGGAGGAAGGCGAGGAGGAAGGCGAGGAGGAAGGCGAGGGGGAAGGCGAGGAGAAAGGCGAGGAGGAAAGCGAGGAGGAAGGCGAGGGGAAAGGCGAGGACGAGGAGGAAGGCGAGGGGAAAGGCAAGGGGAAAGGCAAGGAGGAAGGCAAGGAGGAAGGCGAGGGGAAAGGCGAGGAGAAAGGCGAGGAGGAAGGCGAGGAGGAAGGCGAGGAGGAAGGCGAGGAGGAAGGCGAGGAGGAAGGCGAGGGGGAAGGCGAGGAGAAAGGCGAGGAGGAAAGCGAGGAGGAAGGCGAGGGGAAAGGCGAGGAGAAAGGCGAGGUGGAAGGCGAGGAGGAAGGCGAGGAGAAGAGCGAGGAGAAAGGCGAGGAGGAAGGCAAGGAGGAAGGCGAGGAGGAAGGCGAGGAGGAAGGCGAGGAGGGAGGCGAGGGGAAAGGCGAGGAGAAAGGCGAGGAGGAAGGCGAGGAGGAAGGCGAGGAGGAAGGCGAGGAGAAAGGCGAGGAGGAAGACGAGGAGGAAGGCGAGGAGGAAGGCGAGGAGGAAGGCGAGGAGAAAGGCGAACAGGAAAGCGAGGAGGAAGGCGAGGGGAAAGGCGAGGGGAAAGGCGAGGAGGAAGGCGAGGAGGAAGGCGAGGGGAAAGGCGAGGAGGAAGGCGAGGAGGAAGGCGAGGAGGAAGGCGAGGAGGAAGGCGAGGAGGAAGGCGAGGAGGAAGGCGAGGGGGAAGGCGAGGAGAAAGGCGAGGAUGAAAGCGAGGAGGAAGGCGAGGGGAAAGGCGAGGAGAAAGGCAAGGAGGAAGGCGAGGGGAAAGGCGAGGAGGAAGGCGAGGAGGAAGGCGAGGAGAAAGGCGAGGAGGAAGGCGAGGAGGAAGGCGAGGAGGAAGGCGAGGAGGAAGGAGAGGAGAAAGGCGAGGAGGAAGACGAGGAGGAAGGCGAGGAGGAAGGCGAGGAGGAAGGCGAGGAGAAAGGCGAGGAGGAAAGCGAGGAGGAAGGCGAGGGGAAAGGCGAGGCGAAAGGCGAGGAGGAAGGCGAGGAGGAAGGCGAGGGGAAAGGCGAGGAGAAAGGCGAGGAGGAAGGCGAGGAGGAAGGCGAGGAGGAAGGCGAGGAGGAAGGCGAGGAGGAAGGCGAGGGGGAAGGCGAGGAGAAAGGCGAGGAGGAAAGCGAGGAGGAAGGCGAGGGGAAAGGCGAGGAGAAAGGCGAGGUGGAAGGCGAGGAGGAAGGCGAGGAGAAGAGCGAGGAGAAAGGCGAGGAGGAAGGCAAGGAGGAAGGCGAGGAGGAAGGCGAGGAGGAAGGCGAGGAGGGAGGCGAGGGGAAAGGCGAGGAGAAAGGCGAGGAGGAAGGCGAGGAGGAAGGCGAGGAGGAAGGCGAGGAGAAAGGCGAGGAGGAAGACGAGGAGGAAGGCGAGGAGGAAGGCGAGGAGGAAGGCGAGGAGAAAGGCGAACAGGAAAGCGAGGAGGAAGGCGAGGGGAAAGGCGAGGGGAAAGGCGAGGAGGAAGGCGAGGAGGAAGGCGAGGGGAAAGGCGAGGAGGAAGGCGAGGAGGAAGGCGAGGAGGAAGGCGAGGAGGAAGGCGAGGAGGAAGGCGAGGAGGAAGGCGAGGGGGAAGGCGAGGAGAAAGGCGAGGAUGAAAGCGAGGAGGAAGGCGAGGGGAAAGGCGAGGAGAAAGGCAAGGAGGAAGGCGAGGGGAAAGGCGAGGAGGAAGGCGAGGAGGAAGGCGAGGAGAAAGGCGAGGAGGAAGGCGAGGAGGAAGGCGAGGAGGAAGGCGAGGAGGAAGGAGAGGAGAAAGGCGAGGAGGAAGACGAGGAGGAAGGCGAGGAGGAAGGCGAGGAGGAAGGCGAGGAGAAAGGCGAGGAGGAAAGCGAGGAGGAAGGCGAGGGGAAAGGCGAGGCGAAAGGCGAGGAGGAAGGCGAGGAGGAAGGCGAGGGGAAAGGCGAGGAGAAAGGCGAGGAGGAAGGCGAGGAGGAAGGCGAGGAGGAAGGCGAGGAGGAAGGCGAGGAGGAAGGCGAGGGGGAAGGCGAGGAGAAAGGCGAGGAGGAAAGCGAGGAGGAAGGCGAGGGGAAAGGCGAGGAGAAAGGCGAGGAGGAAGGCGAGGGGAAAGGCGAGGAGGAAGGCGAGGAGGAAGGCGAGGAGAAAGGCGAGGAGGAAGGCGAGGAGGAAGGCGAGGAGGAAGGCGAGGAGGAAGGCGAGGAGAAAGGCGAGGAGGAAGACGAGGAGGAAGGCGAGGAGGAAGGCGAGGAGGAAGGCGAGGAGAAAGGCGAGGAGAAAGGCGAGGAGGAAAGCGAGGAGGAAGGCGAGGGGAAAGGCGAGGGGAAAGGCGAGGAGGAAGGCGAGGAAGGCGAGAGGAAAGGCGAGGAGAAAGGCGAGGAGGAAGGCGAGGAGGAAGGCGAGGAGGAAGGCGAGGAGGAAGGCGAGGAGGAAGGCGAGGGGGAAGGCGAGGAGAAAGGCGAGGAGGAAAGCGAGGAGGAAGGCGAGGGGAAAGGCGAGGAGAAAGGCGAGGUGGAAGGCGAGGAGGAAGGCGAGGAGAAGAGCGAGGAGAAAGGAGAGGAGGAAGGCGAGGAGGAAGGCGAGGAGGAAGGCGAGGAGGAAGGCGAGGAGGAAGGCGAGGGGAAAGGCGAGGAGAAAGGCGAGGAGGAAGGCGAGGAGGAAGGCGAGGAGGAAGGCGAGGAGAAAGGCGAGGAGGAAGACGAGGAGGAAGGCGAGGAGGAAGGCGAGGAGGAAGGCGAGGAGAAAGGCGAGGAGGAAAGCGAGGAGGAAGGCGAGGGGAAAGGCGAGGGGAAAGGCGAGGAGGAAGGCGAGGAGGAAGGCGAGGGGAAAGGCGAGGAGGAAGGCGAGGAGGAAGGCGAGGAGGAAGGCGAGGAGGAAGGCGAGGAGGAAGGCGAGGAGGAAGGCGAGGGGGAAGGCGAGGGGGAAGGCGAGGAUGAAAGCGAGGAGGAAGGCGAGGGGAAAGGCGAGGGGAAAGGCGAGGAGGAAGGCGAGGGGAAAGGCGAGGAGGAAGGCGAGGAGGAAGGCGAGGAGAAAGGCGAGGAGGAAGGCGAGGAGGAAGGCGAGGAGGAAGGCGAGGAGGAAGGAGAAGAGAAAGGCGAGGAGGAAGACGAGGAGGAAGGCGAGGAGGAAGGCGAGGAGGAAGGCGAGGAGAAAGGCGAGGAGGAAAGCGAGGAGGAAGGCGAGGGGAAAGGCGAGGCGAAAGGCGAGGAGGAAGGCGAGGAGGAAGGCGAGGGGAAAGGCGAGGAGGAAGGCGAGGAGGAAGGCGAGGAGGAAGGCGAGGAGGAAGGCGAGGAGGAAGGCGAGGAGGAAGGCGAGGGGGAAGGCGAGGAGAAAGGCGAGGAGGAAAGCGAGGAGGAAGGCGAGGGGAAAGGCGAGGAGAAAGGCGAGGUGGAAGGCGAGGAGGAAGGCGAGGAGAAAGGCAAGGAGAAAGGCGAGGAGGAAGGCGAGGAGGAAGGCGAGGAGGAAGGCGAGGAGGAAGGUGAGGAGGAAGGCGAGGGGAAAGGCGAGGAGAAAGGCGAGGAGGAAGGCGAGGAGGAAGGUGAGGAGAAAGGCGAGGAGAAAGGUGAUGAGGAAGGCGAGGAGGAAGGCGAGGAGGAAGGCGAGGAGAAAGGCGAGGAGGAAGGCGAGGAGGAAGGCGAGGAGGAAGGAGAGGAGAAAGGCGAGGAGGAAGGCGAGGAGGAAGGCGAGGAGGAAAGCGAGAAGAAAGGCGAGGAGGAAGGCGAGGAGGAAGGCGAGGAGGAAGGCGAGGAGGAAGGCGAGGAGAAAGGCGAGGAGAAAGGCGAGGAGGAAAGCGAGGAGGAAGGCGAGGGGAAAGGCGAGGGGAAAGGCGAGGAGGAAGGCGAGGAAGGCGAGAGGAAAGGCGAGGAGAAAGGCGAGGAGGAAGGCGAGGAGGAAGGCGAGGAGGAAGGCGAGGAGGAAGGCGAGGAGGAAGGCGAGGGGGAAGGCGAGGAGAAAGGCGAGGAGGAAAGCGAGGAGGAAGGCGAGGGGAAAGGCGAGGAGAAAGGCGAGGUGGAAGGCGAGGAGGAAGGCGAGGAGAAGAGCGAGGAGAAAGGAGAGGAGGAAGGCGAGGAGGAAGGCGAGGAGGAAGGCGAGGAGGAAGGCGAGGAGGAAGGCGAGGGGGAAGGCGAGGAGAAAGGCGAGGAGGAAAGCGAGGAGGAAGGCGAGGGGAAAGGCAAGGAGAAAGGCGAGGAGGAAGGCGAGGGGAAAGGCGAGGAGGAAGGCGAGGAGGAAGGCGAGGGGAAAGGCGAGGAGGAAGGCGAGGAGGAAGGCGAGGAGAAAGGCGAGGAGGAAGUCGAGGAGGAAGGCGAGGAGGAAGGCGAGGAGGAAGGCGAGGAGGAAGGCGAGGAGGAAGGCGAGGGGGAAGGCGAGGAGAAAGGCGAGGAGGAAAGCAAGGAGGAAGGCGAGGGGAAAGGCGAGGAGGAAGGCGAGGAGGAAGGCGAGGAGAAAGGCGAGGAGGAAGUCGAGGAGGAAGGCGAGGAGGAAGGCGAGGAGAAAGGCGAGGAGGAAGGCGAGGAGAAAGGCGAGGAGGAAGACGAGGAGGAAGGCGAGGAGGAAGGCGAGGAGGAAGGCGAGGAGAAAGGCGAACAGGAAAGCGAGGAGGAAGGCGAGGGGAAAGGCGAGGGGAAAGGCGAGGAGGAAGGCGAGGAGGAAGGCAAGGGGAAAGGCGAGGAGGAAGGCGAGGAGGAAGGCGAGGAGGAAGGCGAGGAGGAAGGCGAGGAGGAAGGCGAGGAGGAAGGCGAGGGGGAAGGCGAGGAGAAAGGCGAGGAGGAAAGCGAGGAGGAAGGCGAGGGGAAAGGCGAGGACGAGGAGGAAGGCGAGGGGAAAGGCAAGGGGAAAGGCAAGGAGGAAGGCAAGGAGGAAGGCGAGGGGAAAGGCGAGGAGAAAGGCGAGGAGGAAGGCGAGGAGGAAGGCGAGGAGGAAGGCGAGGAGGAAGGCGAGGAGGAAGGCGAGGGGGAAGGCGAGGAGAAAGGCGAGGAGGAAAGCGAGGAGGAAGGCGAGGGGAAAGGCGAGGAGAAAGGCGAGGUGGAAGGCGAGGAGGAAGGCGAGGAGAAGAGCGAGGAGAAAGGCGAGGAGGAAGGCAAGGAGGAAGGCGAGGAGGAAGGCGAGGAGGAAGGCGAGGAGGGAGGCGAGGGGAAAGGCGAGGAGAAAGGCGAGGAGGAAGGCGAGGAGGAAGGCGAGGAGGAAGGCGAGGAGAAAGGCGAGGAGGAAGACGAGGAGGAAGGCGAGGAGGAAGGCGAGGAGGAAGGCGAGGAGAAAGGCGAACAGGAAAGCGAGGAGGAAGGCGAGGGGAAAGGCGAGGGGAAAGGCGAGGAGGAAGGCGAGGAGGAAGGCGAGGGGAAAGGCGAGGAGGAAGGCGAGGAGGAAGGCGAGGAGGAAGGCGAGGAGGAAGGCGAGGAGGAAGGCGAGGAGGAAGGCGAGGGGGAAGGCGAGGAGAAAGGCGAGGAUGAAAGCGAGGAGGAAGGCGAGGGGAAAGGCGAGGAGAAAGGCAAGGAGGAAGGCGAGGGGAAAGGCGAGGAGGAAGGCGAGGAGGAAGGCGAGGAGAAAGGCGAGGAGGAAGGCGAGGAGGAAGGCGAGGAGGAAGGCGAGGAGGAAGGAGAGGAGAAAGGCGAGGAGGAAGACGAGGAGGAAGGCGAGGAGGAAGGCGAGGAGGAAGGCGAGGAGAAAGGCGAGGAGGAAAGCGAGGAGGAAGGCGAGGGGAAAGGCGAGGCGAAAGGCGAGGAGGAAGGCGAGGAGGAAGGCGAGGGGAAAGGCGAGGAGAAAGGCGAGGAGGAAGGCGAGGAGGAAGGCGAGGAGGAAGGCGAGGAGGAAGGCGAGGAGGAAGGCGAGGGGGAAGGCGAGGAGAAAGGCGAGGAGGAAAGCGAGGAGGAAGGCGAGGGGAAAGGCGAGGAGAAAGGCGAGGUGGAAGGCGAGGAGGAAGGCGAGGAGAAGAGCGAGGAGAAAGGCGAGGAGGAAGGCAAGGAGGAAGGCGAGGAGGAAGGCGAGGAGGAAGGCGAGGAGGGAGGCGAGGGGAAAGGCGAGGAGAAAGGCGAGGAGGAAGGCGAGGAGGAAGGCGAGGAGGAAGGCGAGGAGAAAGGCGAGGAGGAAGACGAGGAGGAAGGCGAGGAGGAAGGCGAGGAGGAAGGCGAGGAGAAAGGCGAACAGGAAGACGAGGAGGAAGGCGAGGAGGAAGGCGAGGAGGAAGGCGAGGAGAAAGGCGAGGAGAAAGGCGAGGAGGAAGACGAGGAGGAAGGCGAGGAGGAAGGCGAGGAGGAAGGCGAGGAGAAAGGCGAGGAGAAAGGCGAGGAGGAAAGCGAGGAGGAAGGCGAGGGGAAAGGCGAGGGGAAAGGCGAGGAGGAAGGCGAGGAGGAAGACGAGGAGGAAGGCGAGGAGGAAGGCGAGGAGGAAGGCGAGGAGAAAGGCGAGGAGAAAGGCGAGGAGGAAGGCGAGGAGGAAGGCGAGGAGGAAGGCGAGGAGAAAGGCGAGGAGGAAGACGAGGAGGAAGGCGAGGAGGAAGGCGAGGAGGAAGGCGAGGAGAAAGGCGAGGAGGAAGACGAGGAGGAAGGCGAGGAGGAAGGCGAGGAGGAAGGCGAGGAGAAAGGCGAGGAGAAAGGCGAGGAGGAAAGCGAGGAGGAAGGCGAGGGGAAAGGCGAGGGGAAAGGCGAGGAGGAAGGCGAGGAAGGCGAGAGGAAAGGCGAGGAGAAAGGCGAGGAGGAAGGCGAGGAGGAAGGCGAGGAGGAAGGCGAGGAGGAAGGCGAGGAGGAAGGCGAGGGGGAAGGCGAGGAGAAAGGCGAGGAGGAAAGCGAGGAGGAAGGCGAGGGGAAAGGCGAGGAGAAAGGCGAGGUGGAAGGCGAGGAGGAAGGCGAGGAGAAGAGCGAGGAGAAAGGAGAGGAGGAAGGCGAGGAGGAAGGCGAGGAGGAAGGCGAGGAGGAAGGCGAGGAGGAAGGCGAGGGGGAAGGCGAGGAGAAAGGCGAGGAGGAAAGCGAGGAGGAAGGCGAGGGGAAAGGCAAGGAGAAAGGCGAGGAGGAAGGCGAGGGGAAAGGCGAGGAGGAAGGCGAGCAGGAAGGCGAGGGGAAAGGCGAGGAGGAAGGCGAGGAGGAAGGCGAGGAGAAAGGCGAGGAGGAAGUCGAGGAGGAAGGCGAGGAGGAAGGCGAGGAGGAAGGCGAGGAGGAAGGCGAGGAGGAAGGCGAGGGGGAAGGCGAGGAGAAAGGCGAGGAGGAAAGCAAGGAGGAAGGCGAGGGGAAAGGCGAGGAGGAAGGCGAGGAGGAAGGCGAGGAGAAAGGCGAGGAGGAAGUCGAGGAGGAAGGCGAGGAGGAAGGCGAGGAGAAAGGCGAGGAGGAAGGCGAGGAGAAAGGCGAGGAGGAAGACGAGGAGGAAGGCGAGGAGGAAGGCGAGGAGGAAGGCGAGGAGAAAGGCGAACAGGAAAGCGAGGAGGAAGGCGAGGAGGGAGGCGAGGGGAAAGGCGAGGAGAAAGGCGAGGAGGAAGGCGAGGAGGAAGGCGAGGAGGAAGGCGAGGAGAAAGGCGAGGAGGAAGACGAGGAGGAAGGCGAGGAGGAAGGCGAGGAGGAAGGCGAGGAGAAAGGCGAGGAGGAAGACGAGGAGGAAGGCGAGGAGGAAGGCGAGGAGGAAGGCGAGGAGAAAGGCGAGGAGAAAGGCGAGGAGGAAAGCGAGGAGGAAGGCGAGGGGAAAGGCGAGGGGAAAGGCGAGGAGGAAGGCGAGGAAGGCGAGAGGAAAGGCGAGGAGAAAGGCGAGGAGGAAGGCGAGGAGGAAGGCGAGGAGGAAGGCGAGGAGGAAGGCGAGGAGGAAGGCGAGGGGGAAGGCGAGGAGAAAGGCGAGGAGGAAAGCGAGGAGGAAGGCGAGGGGAAAGGCGAGGAGAAAGGCGAGGUGGAAGGCGAGGAGGAAGGCGAGGAGAAGAGCGAGGAGAAAGGAGAGGAGGAAGGCGAGGAGGAAGGCGAGGAGGAAGGCGAGGAGGAAGGCGAGGAGGAAGGCGAGGGGGAAGGCGAGGAGAAAGGCGAGGAGGAAAGCGAGGAGGAAGGCGAGGGGAAAGGCAAGGAGAAAGGCGAGGAGGAAGGCGAGGGGAAAGGCGAGGAGGAAGGCGAGGAGGAAGGCGAGGGGAAAGGCGAGGAGGAAGGCGAGGAGGAAGGCGAGGAGAAAGGCGAGGAGGAAGUCGAGGAGGAAGGCGAGGAGGAAGGCGAGGAGGAAGGCGAGGAGGAAGGCGAGGAGGAAGGCGAGGGGGAAGGCGAGGAGAAAGGCGAGGAGGAAAGCAAGGAGGAAGGCGAGGGGAAAGGCGAGGAGGAAGGCGAGGAGGAAGGCGAGGAGAAAGGCGAGGAGGAAGUCGAGGAGGAAGGCGAGGAGGAAGGCGAGGAGAAAGGCGAGGAGGAAGGCGAGGAGAAAGGCGAGGAGGAAGACGAGGAGGAAGGCGAGGAGGAAGGCGAGGAGGAAGGCGAGGAGAAAGGCGAACAGGAAAGCGAGGAGGAAGGCGAGGGGAAAGGCGAGGGGAAAGGCGAGGAGGAAGGCGAGGAGGAAGGCAAGGGGAAAGGCGAGGAGGAAGGCGAGGAGGAAGGCGAGGAGGAAGGCGAGGAGGAAGGCGAGGAGGAAGGCGAGGAGGAAGGCGAGGGGGAAGGCGAGGAGAAAGGCGAGGAGGAAAGCGAGGAGGAAGGCGAGGGGAAAGGCGAGGACGAGGAGGAAGGCGAGGGGAAAGGCAAGGGGAAAGGCAAGGAGGAAGGCAAGGAGGAAGGCGAGGGGAAAGGCGAGGAGAAAGGCGAGGAGGAAGGCGAGGAGGAAGGCGAGGAGGAAGGCGAGGAGGAAGGCGAGGGGGAAGGCGAGGAGAAAGGCGAGGAGAAAGGCGAGGAGGAAAGCGAGGAGGAAGGCGAGGGGAAAGGCGAGGAGAAAGGCGAGGUGGAAGGCGAGGAGGAAGGCGAGGAGAAGAGCGAGGAGAAAGGCGAGGAGGAAGGCAAGGAGGAAGGCGAGGAGGAAGGCGAGGAGGAAGGCGAGGAGGGAGGCGAGGGGAAAGGCGAGGAGAAAGGCGAGGAGGAAGGCGAGGAGGAAGGCGAGGAGGAAGGCGAGGAGAAAGGCGAGGAGGAAGACGAGGAGGAAGGCGAGGAGGAAGGCGAGGAGGAAGGCGAGGAGAAAGGCGAACAGGAAAGCGAGGAGGAAGGCGAGGGGAAAGGCGAGGGGAAAGGCGAGGAGGAAGGCGAGGAGGAAGGCGAGGGGAAAGGCGAGGAGGAAGGCGAGGAGGAAGGCGAGGAGGAAGGCGAGGAGGAAGGCGAGGAGGAAGGCGAGGAGGAAGGCGAGGGGGAAGGCGAGGAGAAAGGCGAGGAUGAAAGCGAGGAGGAAGGCGAGGGGAAAGGCGAGGAGAAAGGCAAGGAGGAAGGCGAGGGGAAAGGCGAGGAGGAAGGCGAGGAGGAAGGCGAGGAGAAAGGCGAGGAGGAAGGCGAGGAGGAAGGCGAGGAGGAAGGCGAGGAGGAAGGAGAGGAGAAAGGCGAGGAGGAAGACGAGGAGGAAGGCGAGGAGGAAGGCGAGGAGGAAGGCGAGGAGAAAGGCGAGGAGGAAAGCGAGGAGGAAGGCGAGGGGAAAGGCGAGGCGAAAGGCGAGGAGGAAGGCGAGGAGGAAGGCGAGGGGAAAGGCGAGGAGAAAGGCGAGGAGGAAGGCGAGGAGGAAGGCGAGGAGGAAGGCGAGGAGGAAGGCGAGGAGGAAGGCGAGGGGGAAGGCGAGGAGAAAGGCGAGGAGGAAAGCGAGGAGGAAGGCGAGGGGAAAGGCGAGGAGAAAGGCGAGGUGGAAGGCGAGGAGGAAGGCGAGGAGAAGAGCGAGGAGAAAGGCGAGGAGGAAGGCAAGGAGGAAGGCGAGGAGGAAGGCGAGGAGGAAGGCGAGGAGGGAGGCGAGGGGAAAGGCGAGGAGAAAGGCGAGGAGGAAGGCGAGGAGGAAGGCGAGGAGGAAGGCGAGGAGAAAGGCGAGGAGGAAGACGAGGAGGAAGGCGAGGAGGAAGGCGAGGAGGAAGGCGAGGAGAAAGGCGAACAGGAAAGCGAGGAGGAAGGCGAGGGGAAAGGCGAGGGGAAAGGCGAGGAGGAAGGCGAGGAGGAAGGCGAGGGGAAAGGCGAGGAGGAAGGCGAGGAGGAAGGCGAGGAGGAAGGCGAGGAGGAAGGCGAGGAGGAAGGCGAGGAGAAAGGCGAGGAGGAAGGCGAGGAGAAAGGCGAGGAGGAAGACGAGGAGGAAGGCGAGGAGGAAGGCGAGGAGGAAGGCGAGGAGAAAGGCGAACAGGAAAGCGAGGAGGAAGGCGAGGGGAAAGGCGAGGGGAAAGGCGAGGAGGAAGGCGAGGAGGAAGGCAAGGGGAAAGGCGAGGAGGAAGGCGAGGAGGAAGGCGAGGAGGAAGGCGAGGAGGAAGGCGAGGAGGAAGGCGAGGAGGAAGGCGAGGGGGAAGGCGAGGAGAAAGGCGAGGAGGAAAGCGAGGAGGAAGGCGAGGGGAAAGGCGAGGACGAGGAGGAAGGCGAGGGGAAAGGCAAGGGGAAAGGCAAGGAGGAAGGCAAGGAGGAAGGCGAGGGGAAAGGCGAGGAGAAAGGCGAGGAGGAAGGCGAGGAGGAAGGCGAGGAGGAAGGCGAGGAGGAAGGCGAGGGGGAAGGCGAGGAGAAAGGCGAGGAGAAAGGCGAGGAGGAAAGCGAGGAGGAAGGCGAGGGGAAAGGCGAGGAGAAAGGCGAGGUGGAAGGCGAGGAGGAAGGCGAGGAGAAGAGCGAGGAGAAAGGCGAGGAGGAAGGCAAGGAGGAAGGCGAGGAGGAAGGCGAGGAGGAAGGCGAGGAGGGAGGCGAGGGGAAAGGCGAGGAGAAAGGCGAGGAGGAAGGCGAGGAGGAAGGCGAGGAGGAAGGCGAGGAGAAAGGCGAGGAGGAAGACGAGGAGGAAGGCGAGGAGGAAGGCGAGGAGGAAGGCGAGGAGAAAGGCGAACAGGAAAGCGAGGAGGAAGGCGAGGGGAAAGGCGAGGGGAAAGGCGAGGAGGAAGGCGAGGAGGAAGGCGAGGGGAAAGGCGAGGAGGAAGGCGAGGAGGAAGGCGAGGAGGAAGGCGAGGAGGAAGGCGAGGAGGAAGGCGAGGAGGAAGGCGAGGGGGAAGGCGAGGAGAAAGGCGAGGAUGAAAGCGAGGAGGAAGGCGAGGGGAAAGGCGAGGAGAAAGGCAAGGAGGAAGGCGAGGGGAAAGGCGAGGAGGAAGGCGAGGAGGAAGGCGAGGAGAAAGGCGAGGAGGAAGGCGAGGAGGAAGGCGAGGAGGAAGGCGAGGAGGAAGGAGAGGAGAAAGGCGAGGAGGAAGACGAGGAGGAAGGCGAGGAGGAAGGCGAGGAGGAAGGCGAGGAGAAAGGCGAGGAGGAAAGCGAGGAGGAAGGCGAGGGGAAAGGCGAGGCGAAAGGCGAGGAGGAAGGCGAGGAGGAAGGCGAGGGGAAAGGCGAGGAGAAAGGCGAGGAGGAAGGCGAGGAGGAAGGCGAGGAGGAAGGCGAGGAGGAAGGCGAGGAGGAAGGCGAGGGGGAAGGCGAGGAGAAAGGCGAGGAGGAAAGCGAGGAGGAAGGCGAGGGGAAAGGCGAGGAGAAAGGCGAGGUGGAAGGCGAGGAGGAAGGCGAGGAGAAGAGCGAGGAGAAAUGCGAGGAGGAAGGCAAGGAGGAAGGCGAGGAGGAAGGCGAGGAGGAAGGCGAGGAGGGAGGCGAGGGGAAAGGCGAGGAGAAAGGCGAGGAGGAAGGCGAGGAGGAAGGCGAGGAGGAAGGCGAGGAGAAAGGCGAGGAGGAAGACGAGGAGGAAGGCGAGGAGGAAGGCGAGGAGGAAGGCGAGGAGAAAGGCGAACAGGAAAGCGAGGAGGAAGGCGAGGGGAAAGGCGAGGGGAAAGGCGAGGAGGAAGGCGAGGAGGAAGGCGAGGGGAAAGGCGAGGAGGAAGGCGAGGAGGAAGGCGAGGAGGAAGGCGAGGAGGAAGGCGAGGAGGAAGGCGAGGAGGAAGGCGAGGGGGAAGGCGAGGAGAAAGGCGAGGAUGAAAGCGAGGAGGAAGGCGAGGGGAAAGGCGAGGAGAAAGGCAAGGAGGAAGGCGAGGGGAAAGGCGAGGAGGAAGGCGAGGAGGAAGGCGAGGAGAAAGGCGAGGAGGAAGGCGAGGAGGAAGGCGAGGAGGAAGGCGAGGAGGAAGGAGAGGAGAAAGGCGAGGAGGAAGACGAGGAGGAAGGCGAGGAGGAAGGCGAGGAGGAAGGCGAGGAGAAAGGCGAGGAGGAAAGCGAGGAGGAAGGCGAGGGGAAAGGCGAGGCGAAAGGCGAGGAGGAAGGCGAGGAGGAAGGCGAGGGGAAAGGCGAGGAGAAAGGCGAGGAGGAAGGCGAGGAGGAAGGCGAGGAGGAAGGCGAGGAGGAAGGCGAGGAGGAAGGCGAGGGGGAAGGCGAGGAGAAAGGCGAGGAGGAAAGCGAGGAGGAAGGCGAGGGGAAAGGCGAGGAGAAAGGCGAGGAGGAAGGCGAGGGGAAAGGCGAGGAGGAAGGCGAGGAGGAAGGCGAGGAGAAAGGCGAGGAGGAAGGCGAGGAGGAAGGCGAGGAGGAAGGCGAGGAGGAAGGCGAGGAGAAAGGCGAGGAGGAAGACGAGGAGGAAGGCGAGGAGGAAGGCGAGGAGGAAGGCGAGGAGAAAGGCGAGGAGAAAGGCGAGGAGGAAAGCGAGGAGGAAGGCGAGGGGAAAGGCGAGGGGAAAGGCGAGGAGGAAGGCGAGGAAGGCGAGAGGAAAGGCGAGGAGAAAGGCGAGGAGGAAGGCGAGGAGGAAGGCGAGGAGGAAGGCGAGGAGGAAGGCGAGGAGGAAGGCGAGGGGGAAGGCGAGGAGAAAGGCGAGGAGGAAAGCGAGGAGGAAGGCGAGGGGAAAGGCGAGGAGAAAGGCGAGGUGGAAGGCGAGGAGGAAGGCGAGGAGAAGAGCGAGGAGAAAGGAGAGGAGGAAGGCGAGGAGGAAGGCGAGGAGGAAGGCGAGGAGGAAGGCGAGGAGGAAGGCGAGGGGAAAGGCGAGGAGAAAGGCGAGGAGGAAGGCGAGGAGGAAGGCGAGGAGGAAGGCGAGGAGAAAGGCGAGGAGGAAGACGAGGAGGAAGGCGAGGAGGAAGGCGAGGAGGAAGGCGAGGAGAAAGGCGAGGAGGAAAGCGAGGAGGAAGGCGAGGGGAAAGGCGAGGGGAAAGGCGAGGAGGAAGGCGAGGAGGAAGGCGAGGGGAAAGGCGAGGAGGAAGGCGAGGAGGAAGGCGAGGAGGAAGGCGAGGAGGAAGGCGAGGAGGAAGGCGAGGAGGAAGGCGAGGGGGAAGGCGAGGGGGAAGGCGAGGAUGAAAGCGAGGAGGAAGGCGAGGGGAAAGGCGAGGGGAAAGGCGAGGAGGAAGGCGAGGGGAAAGGCGAGGAGGAAGGCGAGGAGGAAGGCGAGGAGAAAGGCGAGGAGGAAGGCGAGGAGGAAGGCGAGGAGGAAGGCGAGGAGGAAGGAGAGGAGAAAGGCGAGGAGGAAGACGAGGAGGAAGGCGAGGAGGAAGGCGAGGAGGAAGGCGAGGAGAAAGGCGAGGAGGAAAGCGAGGAGGAAGGCGAGGGGAAAGGCGAGGCGAAAGGCGAGGAGGAAGGCGAGGAGGAAGGCGAGGGGAAAGGCGAGGAGGAAGGCGAGGAGGAAGGCGAGGAGGAAGGCGAGGAGGAAGGCGAGGAGGAAGGCGAGGAGGAAGGCGAGGGGGAAGGCGAGGAGAAAGGCGAGGAGGAAAGCGAGGAGGAAGGCGAGGGGAAAGGCGAGGAGAAAGGCGAGGUGGAAGGCGAGGAGGAAGGCGAGGAGAAAGGCAAGGAGAAAGGCGAGGAGGAAGGCGAGGAGGAAGGCGAGGAGGAAGGCGAGGAGGAAGGUGAGGAGGAAGGCGAGGGGAAAGGCGAGGAGAAAGGCGAGGAGGAAGGCGAGGAGGAAGGUGAGGAGAAAGGCGAGGAGAAAGGUGAUGAGGAAGGCGAGGAGGAAGGCGAGGAGGAAGGCGAGGAGAAAGGCGAGGAGGAAGGCGAGGAGGAAGGCGAGGAGGAAGGAGAGGAGAAAGGCGAGGAGGAAGGCGAGGAGGAAGGCGAGGAGGAAAGCGAGAAGAAAGGCGAGGAGGAAGGCGAGGAGGAAGGCGAGGAGGAAGGCGAGAAGAAAGGCGAGGAGGAAGGUGAGGAGGUGAGCAGGGGGGUGAGCAAAGAGGCGAGCAGACUGGAGAAGGGCACUCCUGCCAGGUCGUAG